AUGGAAUAUUGGAAUCUGAUAAAUGACAACACCAUGAAGAUGGCAGUGUCAGUAUUUUGGAUCACUUCCAUCCUUGGUGGGGUUUUCAGCGCCACCAAAAAUGUAUCAUGGGUUACUUCUCAUGACAGGCCUUGCCACUAACUCGUAUCGUUUUCGUUGCCUCUGCUUAUGUGAUUUUGUAUCUCGAAACAAGUCGCCACCAAAAGAAGAUAAAAGCAGAGCAACUGCCUCGACAAGAGGAAGAAAGAUGUUACAAAGAAAGCAGGGUGUUAAUGACCACUAUGUUUGUAGUUGCUGCUGUUGUUGUCUGCCGUCUCCCGUUUGAUUUCUGUUUGAUCGUUUAA